AAAGCAACAUCCCAUCAAUCCCCAUUACUCUCCGGAAACCCACAAGCAGAAGCAAUACGAUUUGCCUUGUGAGCAUCAAUACCAAGAAACAGACCUGGAUCAGCAAAGAAAAAUUUAAGUCAACACCUACCACCAUGGCCUCCACAACAACCUUCAAACCCUUAGCCGAAGCCCCCCGCGACAUGGACCAAAUCAUCGCGCAGGAACGUGCCUCCCCUCUCCCCUCCUUCAACGCGCGCGUCGCCCACCGCCUCGGCACCGCCCUCCACACCCGCCUCCUCACCUUCCCAGCUCCAGCCUGCAUCCACAUCUCGACAUGCACCACGCCCCCGCACGUCCUCUACCACGCCACCACACACGACGGCACCGCGCUCGACAACGACUUCUGGAUCGCGCGGAAGCGCGCGAGCGUGAUCCGGUUCGGGGCCAGUACGUGGCGGCUGCACGUCAAGUACAAUGGCGACGAAGCGGCUUUUGCGGGCAAGGUUGGGGGCGAGGGGAAGGCGGGCGAGUAUGCGAUUCAUGGGGGUGGGGUGCCGGUGUUUGUGCGGGGGUGCGAGUGGCCGGUUGCGGUGUGUGUGGUGAGCGGGCUGAAGCAGUGGGAUGAUCACAUGGUUGUUGUGGAGGAGCUGGCGGGCGUGUGUCGGGCGUUGGAGGAGGAGAGGGAGGCUAUGAAGUAGAGGGCGAAGUGAGUGGUGCAGAGUGUGUGUUGAUUGGAAGAGUCAAUUCCGCCCUAAAGAUAGGCGGUGAUGGAGAACCUUGUAUCAACGAUUGUAUCAACGAGAUACUCAUUGCGAGAACCUUGAAUGGCCAUCGUGUUCA